CAACGACUUUGGACGCGACAUCUGGGGUCAGCUGCGGCGCUUACGCAGCAUCCGAUUACAUCAUCGCCACAUCGAAGGGAUGGAUGGCUUAUACGAGAAAUAACACAAAAGAAAAGAAAUAUCUGAGGAGAUGGUUCAAGGACGGCAGUUCAAUCCAUAUUCCCGAUAACGGAGGGACGAUCCUAGCGAUUUCUUCGAAAGAGUUUGCAGUGAUUGCGGGCGACACGAGACAAUCGGAAGGCUACUCGAUCCAAACCAGAUAUGCACCCAAGGUGACUCAACUGACUGAGGAAUGUUGUAUCGCUGUCAACGGAUUCGCUGCGGACGGGAAAGAGCUCGUCAAGCAACUCAAACAACGCCUCCAAUGGUAUCAACACACCCAUGCCAGUCAACCAUCGGUCCAAUCGAUCGCCAGAUUGGUCCAAACGAUGCUCUAUGGCCGCCGGUUCUUCCCCUACUAUGCAUACGUCAUCUUGGCCGGGAUCGAUCGCGAUGGGACGGGGGCCGUGUACUCGUUCGACCCGGUGGGGAGCUAUGAGCGAGAGAGCUGUCGGGCAGCCGGGGCGGCCCAAAGUCUGGUCCAGCCGUUCUUGGAUAACCAGGUUGGAGGCAAGAACAUGACUCGAGAUCCAUCGGGUCCAGCUCCCCCACCCGAGCCGGUCUACGCCCAAGGCCAGUCCUACACUCCCCCGCGAUCGCAGUUGCCCUUGGAGAAGGUACAAGCCUUGGUCACUGACGCAUUCACUGGCGCGGCGGAGAGACACAUCGAGGUCGGCGAUGGCUUGGAGAUCUUUAUCAUCGAGGCCGGCAAGGGCGUCCGAGUCGUCCGUAAGGAACUCAAGAGAGAUUAG